AGUCUUUGCUCGGCUAUGCAGUAGAGAGGAGGAUUAUCUGAGCCGAGCUCCAUAGCAAGGAUUUGGCAUUUGGCCACUUAUCCAUCAUUUGGCUUCCCCUGUGGCUCGUUUCACCUAAGUUUUCUCUUAGGUCCCUCUUCAUUCUCCCUUUUUUGCCUCUGCGCCCGUUUUCCCUGCUCUCAACUAUGACCCUGUUAUCAGAGGACCAGUCUGCCAGACCCCAACCCUGCCUGCUGUCGGAGCCUGGCAAACACAUCAGUACGUCUCUGCACCAGUACACAACAGACUACAGCGACUCCAAAGAGGACUACAUGGACAGCGGGGAGAUUGCUGUGUUUGGAGCUACUGAGCACCCCAGGCGCUCACUGGCUCGUCUUCUCCUCCACAGCUUGGUCAUGUUUGGCAGGGAAUUCUGCUACGCGGUGGAAGCAGCGUUCGUCACACCAGUGCUUCUGAGUGUGGGCCUCCCUCGCAGCCUGUACAGCCUGGUGUGGCUGAUUAGCCCCAUCCUGGGCUUUCUGCUCCAGCCCAUCAUCGGCUCAGCAAGUGACUACUGCCGCUCACCAUGGGGCAGGCGGAGGCCUUACAUCCUGGUUCUUGGCAUCCUCAUGCUAGUGGGAAUGAGCAUGUUCCUUAAUGGAGAUGCUGUCGUCUCAGCUCUGGUCAGUGACAGGUCAUUGAGGAGCACGUGGGCCAUUGUAGUGGUGAUGUUGGGGGUCGUCUUGUUCGAUUUUGCUGCAGAUUUCAUCGACGGGCCCAUCAAGGCUUACUUGUUCGACGUGUGCUCACACCGGGACAAGGAAAGAGGUCUGCACUACCAUGCACUAUUCACAGGAUUGGGUGGAGCUUGUGGUUACCUAGUGGGCGCUAUGGACUGGGGCCACUCCUUGCUGGGUCGGCUGCUGGGCUCUGAGUACCAGGUCAUCUACUUCUUCUCAGCAAUCACCUGGGGCUUCUUUCUCAUGGUGCACCUCUUCAGUAUUCCAGAGACACCUCUUACCAAGGACCCGUCUGUGUUGGAUGCCUCAUCUUCCAGCGUGCUCCCCCUACUGCCCUCCCACAGUAAUGGUUAUGGAUCAGUGAGUAAGGAGUCAGUCUCUCAGGUCUCUCCACCACCUGCCACAGAACUCAGAUCCAGAUCCUACUCGACUCUGAGCGAAAGGCCGAGGUCUUUCUCUGCUCUGGGAGAAGCCAACUCAGUGACGUCCAGCGCAAAGCAGCCGAACAAGGAGGACCAGAAGAAGAUGACAUUAAAGUCACUGAUAAAGGCCAUUGUUAACAUGCCAAGCCACUACAGAAUCCUGUGCAUCAGUCACCUCUUCGGAUGGGCAGCAUUUCUUUGCAACAUGCUCUUCUUUACUGAUUUCAUGGGACAGAUUGUCUACAAAGGAAAUCCUUAUGCAGACCACAACUCAACAGCCUAUGCCACAUAUGAGAGGGGGGUAGAAAUUGGCUGCUGGGGGCUGUGUAUCAAUGCGGUGUCCUCGGCUCUCUAUUCAUAUGUACAACGCUUCCUCCUGCCAUACAUCGGCCUGAAGGGAUUAUACUUUAUGGGCUACUUCGUGUUCGGCCUGGGCACCAGCCUGAUUGGACUCUUCCCAAAUGUCAUCACCACACUCAUCCUUUGCAGCGUGUUCGGCGUCAUGUCCAGCACGCUCUACACAAUCCCGUACAACUUGGUAGCAGAAUAUCAGUGCGAGGAAGAGGAACAACUGAAGCUGCAAGGAAGCAAUAAAAGCCCUCGGGGCACCGGCAUGGACUGCGCGGCGCUCACCUGUAUGGUCCAGCUGGCUCAGAUCAUCGUGGGUGCAGGUCUCGGCGCUCUGGUCAACGCGGCCGGCAGCGUGAUUGUGGUGGUUCUCUCAGCCUCGGCCAUGGCCCUGAUAGGCUGCAUCUUCAUUGCUCUCUUUAUAAGAUAAGAUAAGAAAAUCCUUUAAUAGUCCCACAGAGGGGAAAUUUGCAAGGUCUCUGCAUUUAACCCAUCUCUAGAGACUAGAGAGCAGUGGACUGCCAUAUGAACGGCGCCCGGGGAGCGGUUGGGGUUGAGGGCCUUGCUCAGGGGCCCAGGGUGGUUGACCUGGGUUGCAUUUUGGGUUGAACCUGGUCCUCCAGACUCCAGUCCACUUCUGUAACCACUAGGCUACCACUCCCCAUCCAAUAUGUGGAAUGGCACUGCUUUGA